UUCAUUGUUCUCAGCAGGCUAUAAGACUAUAGACCCAGUGCUAGGGCUGACGACUCGUUUAGAGGUCUUUGACAUGGCAAAACUCUGGGAACCCCCAAAGCUUCUGCAUGAUAGACAAAUCUUGAAGACACAGAGGGUUAAUUUCAAGCCCCCGCCGCCACCACCCACAUCUCCAAUUUGAAAGCCGCCUCUCUACCGGGAGAGGAAGGCUCUUUUUCGGUCAGAUGGCGUGCUGCAGUCCGCCCCCGUCAUUCUCCAGCCCACACAGACAGCAAAAAGGCAGCCAGCAACCAAUACGGUGCGCCGGAGGAGGAUUUCUGCCAGUGAUUUCAGACGAAGUACGAUACGCAAAGGGGAUUUACUACGCCAAUCUGCGCCGGGGACGCUUUCAGUAAUAGGCAACAAGGUUUCAAUCCGGGAGUACCGACCUGACAUCAGUGGCUAGAGAGACACUUUGCGUAAUUACGCCGGUCUCCUCUCCGUACAUCCGUCUACCUGAGCUGAAGAAGGUAAGAGAGGUUUAUGUAAACUCAAGCAUUUAGUCGUUGAAAGGGUAGAAAAGGGAAGAAACUGUUCUUAUAUAGAGAGUCCUAUUCAGCUCCAAAGUAUGCUUAAACUUCCAAUAUGCAUCUGUUGUUAUUAAUAUUUCAUCUGGGUAGAGGGGUUUGGAAACUGAAAUAGGCCUACUGUGUAUAGUCCAGAUGACAAAGUCUUUUUCUAAAGAAAUAACUCGUACAGGAUUUCUCUACCUGCAGGAUUAUGCCUUUCUUUUCUCCUGCCUAAACUUUCCAGUGUUGUGUGCCAUGUCUCUGCCACGCACACUUGGGGAGUUGCAGCUCUAUCGGGUGCUGCAGAGGGCCAACCUGCUGGCCUAUUAUGAAACCUUCAUCCAGCAGGGUGGUGACGACGUGCAGCAGCUCUGUGAGGCAGCGGAGGAGGAGUUUCUGGAGAUCAUGGCACUAGUUGGCAUGGCCACCAAGCCACUGCAUGUGCGUAGGCUGCAAAAGGCCCUCCGAGACUGGGCGGCGAACCCUGCCCUUUUCAGCCAGCCCGUUUCUAAUGUUCCUCUCGGGGGCAUUCCACUGUUCAAAGUUGAUGGGACAGGCACAAGUGGGUCAGCAGGCGGGCCCAGGAAGUCUCUGAGCAAUGGGCAGCCAGGGUCGCCGUGUGAAAGAGAGGAUCGGGCGUGUCUUACUCCAAUGCACAGUGGGAGUCCAAGAAGCCCCUGCUCCCAGGCCUCCCCACAGCCACCUGACACACACUACAGAGAAAAACUGUCACCCAUGGACCCACACUGGCUCAGCCCAGAGCCAGAUGGGAACUGCACUUUGGCCUCUACAUCUGGAAUAGAGGAGGAGCCACCCAGCCCACCUCUGCUGUCAACAUGUCCUCCUGGUCCCUCCACAUCUCCCAGCUCCUCUGCUUCUUUUGGCCCAGGAGCUCUGUCAGCCUGGCCUGGGGGACAGCUGGACGGAGAGACGGCGAGGGCGGUGGUGGAGUGCGUGGAGCGGCUCCUCAGGACCCUACCCCGGUCAGAUCCGGCAGAGGUGAAGACUCUGCUGAGGAUGAACAAGAAGAUGGCAAAGACAGUGGGGCACAUCUUCAAAAUGGGUUCCCAGGAUGUAAACAAGGAAGAGGAGAUCCGAAAAUACAGUCUCAUUUAUGGACGCUUUGACUCCAAGAGGAGAGAAGGCAAGCAGCUCACACAUCAUGAGCUGAUCAUCAAUGAAGCUGCGGCUCAGUUCUGUAUGCGCGACAAUGCCCUUCUGCUGAGACGGGUGGAGCUGUUUUCUUUGGCUCGGCAGGUGGCAAGAAAAUGUGCCUACACUUCCACACUAAAACAUGCCAGGACAAACGUAGAUGAGAACAGUGUGCUGUCUCAGAAGAGAGCGAGACACGAGGUAAUUGUGCCUGAGAGUGUGUCGUCACUUCUUGGAGUGGAGGGCUCAGAGGGCUUGACCCAGAGGGCGGACGACGACAGCUUAUCAGCAGAAAGCCUCGACAGUGUAUCACAUGACAUCGGCUCCCAGUGCAACCAGUCUCCAUCCCCCCGUCCUCACUCUGAUACCUCCAACCCCACCAACUGGAGUCGCCAUCUCAUACAGCAAACGCUAAUGGAUGAAGGGCUGCGACUGGCUCGGAUGGUGUCACAUGAGCGGGCUGGCAAGAUCAGCCUAGGGUCAGAAGGAACUCACUCCACAGAUCAUGACAGUAAAGUGGAGAGGCAGAGCUCCAUAUCAGCGUGCAGGAGCAGCAGCCCUUGCAUCACUAAAGAUGACUACAACCACCGGGGGAAAUGAACACAUUCAGAUGUUAUCAGAGAACUUGUCCUCAGGCUUGCCCCUGAAUUCCAGUCAGCUGUAUAGAGGCUGCAGGUGUUUCCUGCUUCACUCACAUGACAGGAUUGUGAGGCUACAAAAUCAGUAGAGUAAAUGUCAAAAAUUACCAGCGACUGGUAUCAUAACCCAGCAGUGACGCUACACUCUGAACUUGUGGAUCAAGUUUUAAAAUGUUCUCUUUUGACUUUAUAUUCGGUAAAUAUUUAGGGGAAACACUUAGUUUUUAUUUUUUAAAAGUGUCCUGCGAGAUGUUAGCUGAUGGCGAAAAUGUACGUGAUUUUAUCAGGAAAAACAUGAUAUUUUGUUCAAUGAAUCAAGUCUGUUGUGAGCAGUGCCGUGACUGUGUUCAGAAAAGUUUCAGAUGAAACUGGCUUGAGACAGCAGGGGGCACUGCAACUUGGGAAAUGGACUCUCUUAACUUACUCCAGACUGAGUAACAAGCUGUAGUUAAAUAGAGCUUUUUGUAUGGAGGCUUUUAUCAGCAUGUUCAGCAACAGUAUGAUAACGUUCUCUGCAGUCCAUCACCCUCAGGAAACAAACGUGUCCUGGUUCUUGACAGAAGUCAGUGUGGUAAAGUCAGAGACUAUUAUUCCUUGACAUUCAAAGACAGUCUACGCACAUGGAGCAAGAAAACGGCAAGCGCUUGUGGCUUUAGUUGAUUUCUCAGAGAAUGCACACACAAACACCACAGUCAUGUUCAGAGGCCUUUUGUCCUUUUCUGCAUCAUCUAAUCACCCACGGAUCUGAACAGGCAUGCUGAGGCCCCUGGGAUAUGAAGCCGCCAAUCAUCAUCACUUACGCCCUUCACAGCUUUCUCAGAUAUUUUGUACAAAUGGCUGAUAUGGUGUUUGUAUGAAAUAAUACUUCAGGCUUUUGUUGGAGGCAUUUCAUUAUCAUUAUGUGAAAAUGUACUCAGAAUACCUUUUCUAAACUCCGAGGUAUGAAAUAAGAAUACAGAUGCUUUGUUGAUUUCCAGCUGAAAGUAGAUUUUACAGUUGCUGCUUCCUACAGUUAGGUUUCAGACUCACAGGACUCAGUAUGUUGGGGGGUGGCGUCAUGGCACUUCUCACCCACAUUCAAGUUGUGCCCAGUAGGUGCCGCUGUACAGCCAUUGAAGAUACUGCGUUCAAUACUACGUCACAAGCUUCAGAAUAGAGGAGAAACAUUUCAAAACAACAUUUUUUUUUUUAGAAAUUGUGAUGAUUAGUGUAGAUUUUUGACACGAUAUUUUUAGGUGUAGCUGAAACCUACAGAAAUAAAAAAAAAUCAUACAGAGGUUAAUGGAGAGAAAUCCCAUGGUGCUUGACUUUUGUUACAGCAGCUCCUACACAUUAUUUGAAACUCUUGGUCCUUAUUAGGAACUGUUAAAGUGUUUAAACUUCAUUAAAUGACAAGGCUUAUGUUGACAAUUAAUGAAGGAUUUUUGUACUGAGUAUGUCAGUGAGAUACUUUGCUGUGUAUCAGUUACACUUGCCUGUCUCUUAAGCAUUAGUAACCUCCUCAGUUUAUUAUGUUGCAGAACAGAUUAUUUAUUUUGUUACACUUCAAUAAAUGUUAUUUUAUUGUUUAAAGCCACAGCACGGCGCAGUGUUUUCCACAACCGAUUUUUCUUGGGUGUUGGAAGAGGUUGCAGAAGCUGCGUCACACAGCCAGCAACACUCCUGCUGUCGUCUUGUUUGUUAC